CAAAACAAAAAUCUAAACUGAAGAAGAAAACUUACAAACUUUAAACUUUUAGCCUUGAAAAAGCACUUAAAAAUUACCUCCAAAAAAUGUCCGCUUCUGACGAGAGAUAUGCCUUUAUGGCCGAGUGGUACGAUCCUCAAGCUGCUUUAAUGAGAAAAUAUCAGCUUCUUUACUAUCCCUCUGACAGCACCGUAGAAAUGUAUGACAUUAAAAACAGAAGACUUUUCUUAAAGAGAUCAGUCAUUGAUGGCCUCAGAACACCAGAUCUUUAUAUAGGGGCUAUUGUUAAUAUACACUCUCGCCAGCUGACAAUCACAGAUUUUGCUGAUAAUUUUACUACCUCAAGACUAAAGUCCAUUAAUGAACAAACUCUAGCCUUGAUCAAACCAGAUGCAUUAGGCGCAGGACAUUUGGGAAGUAUUGUAGAAAUGAUUGACAAGGAAGGGUUUGUCAUCUGCAAAGCCAAGAUGGUCAGAUUGACAAGGCAAGAGGCAUCAGAUUUUUAUAAAGAGCAUGCAAAUCAGCCCUUUUAUAAUCGUCUUGUAGAAUUUAUGACCAGUGGCCCUGUUGUAGCAAUGGAGCUUAAAGGACAUGAUGCCAUUCAAAGAUGGAGAAAACUUCUUGGUCCAACAGACUCAGCCACGGCAAGAGAAAAAUCCCCAAUAAGCGUGAGAGCCAAAUUUGGAACAGACAACACAAAGAAUGCAGCCCAUGGUUCUGAUUCAUCUGUGUCAGCAGAGAAAGAAUUGAAAUUCUUUUUUGGUUACAAAAGACAAAAUACAGCACAGUUCAACAACUGUACCUUGUGCAUCAUCAAGCCUCAUGCUGUGGCUGAAGGAUUGACAGGGAAAAUCAUAUCUGCAAUUCUGGAUCAAGGAUUUGAAGUAUCCGCUCUUCAAAUGUAUCAUAUGGAGAGAGCAAAUGCUGAGGAAUUCCAUGAAGUCUAUAAAGGAGUUGUCAAUGAGUAUAAUAGUAUGGUAGUGGAACUGUGUAGUGGUCCUUGCUUGGUCCUUGAAAUCAGGGGUCUAGAUGCUCCUCAGAAGUUUAGAGAAUUUGUUGGACCUGCUGACCCUGAAAUUGCCCGUCACCUGAGACCACGAACAAUUCGAGCAAGGUUUGGUAAAGACAAGAUUAAGAAUGCAGUACACUGUACAGACUUACCCGAAGAUGGUAUACUUGAGGUUCAAUACUUUUUCAAGAUUUUAAACCAAUAAGUACCAAGAAAGCAGGGGGGAAAAACAUCAAAAGUAACUUAUUAUUCACAAUACUUUCUGUAAAUAUACUUUUUAACCCUAUUAACCAGAGCCGGCCUAUAAAUUGGAGAUUUACUGACUGUAAAUAUAACCUUUUGUCAUGGUUUCUAAAUAUAACCUGGAAUAGCAACUGAUUUUUGAGAGCUUUCUAACAUUAAAAUACAACGUUGAGGGGAAAAAUUGUUCCAUUAAAACAUCUUUAUAGCUUG